CACCUUUAUUUGCCAUCUUUCAACUGGCAAGAGUCAUUUUGACCAGCAGAUUAAUCAACUGUAAGACGGAUCCUCACACAAAGAGGCAACUGAAAGGAUGAAAUCACUGACCUGGAUCUUAGGCCUUUGGGCUCUUGCAGCGUGUUUCACACCUGGUGAGAGUCAUAGAGGCCCCAGGGGACCAUAUCCACCUGGACCACAGGCACCUCCUCCACCUUUUGGCCCAGGAUUUGUUCCACCACCUCCUCCUCCACCCUACGGCCCAGGGAGAAUUCCACCACCUCCUCCCCAACGCUAUGGUCCAGGGGUAUUUCCACCACCCCCUCCUCAACCCUAAGGUCCACCACUCCAUCCUGAUGGCCCAGGUUAUCCACAGCCUCCUUCCCAACAAAGACCCUAUCCACCUGGACCUCCAUUUUUCCUGGUAAAUUCUCCAGCUGAUCCUACCCUCCCUACUCCUGCACCCCAAAUAUGAACAACUGCAGCAGGUGCCACCACCACCACAAAAGACACCACUACCCUCGUAACUACUGCUUCUACUACCCAAAAUACGAAUUCCAACACUGCUUCCAGAAGGCUUUUAUGUAAAAUCGCUUCCAUUUUGAAUGAAAAUGAAAAAUUCCAAAAGUGCUGGGCUUUAGGGAGAAAUAAUCUUAGAAAGAAAUUGUAGAAAAACCCCAUGCAAACAUAACAUUUAUACCAAUGAGGUGAAAACAAAGAAUUGAGCA